AUGUUGUCAGAGCUGGGCCUGAGUGUGAGUGGAACAGAUCAGGAUCCCUGGGGAAUUCUGUCUGCAGGGCACAGGAGAGGGCAGAGCGCAGCCCCACGCCGGCCGUGUUUGCAGCUUGUCCAUCUGUUUGUGCAGAUCACUGCCGAGGAGUCGGAGGAUGAGCUGCCAUCCAGAGAGGAGCCAGGGGAUGCCCGGCUCAGCGCGCGGGAUGCAGCAGAAGGGAACAACAAAAGAGCUGUAACUGAAGAAACUGAAGGCCAUGGGCAGAGAGAUGGGGAGGAGACACAGCAGCCGGACCAAACGCCUACGUUGAGUAACAAGACGCGAAAGAAAAAAAAGAAAAGAAAAACCAAGAAAACUUCAGCAGGGGAGACUCUGGAAGACAACGACCUGGAAGACAUCGACAGCCUGCUGGAGAAGAUUGAGGAUACCAAUGGGCUGUUGCAGCAGACCCAGAGCGGUAUAACUGCUGACAGCAGGCCUCUACUCUACAUAGAGCACAGAAACUUGAAUCCAGAGAACGAGUUGAAGAGAUACUUUGGGGCUCGCGCUGUUCUUGGUGAUCAGAGGCAAAGGCAGCGCCAGUGUGUCCGUGGCACGUGGCUGACAACUCCCCAGAGCACCUGGCCACGCUACACAAGAACAGGUAUUGUCAUGCAGCUGUUGGACACCAAGGGGGGAGUGCAGUACUUCACCUUUGAGCACCAUCGCAAGUACCAGGAAGUGCAGUUGAAGUUCUUGGAGAAUGUAGAGACCAUGGACCCCAACAGUGUUGUGCCGCUGCUUCAGGCACUGGAACCGUACCAUGUGGACUCCCUUCUGCUGCUCAGCGACGUGUGCCGGAUGCAGGAGGAUCAGGAGAUGGCCCGUGAGCUCGUAGAGCAGGCGCUGUACAGCCUGGAGUGCUCCUUCCACCCCCUCUUCAGUCUCACCAGCGGGACCUGCAGGCUGGACUACCGGCGGCCAGAGAACAGGUCUUUCUUCCUGGCUCUCUUCAAGCACCUGAUGUUGCUGGAGAAGAGAGGCUGUCCCCGGACAGCCCUGGAGUUCUGCAAGCUGAUUCUGAGCCUUGAUCCAGAGAACGACCCGCUGUGUGUGCUGCUGCUGAUUGAUUUCCUCUCCCUCCGAGCUAGAGAAUACACCUUCCUGACCCGCAUGUUCCAGGAGGUGGAGAGUCACCGGAAUUUGUCCCAGCUCCCCAAUUUUGCCUUCUCGGUGCCGCUGGCCUAUUUCUUCCUGAGCCAGCAGGAGGAGCGCUCGGAGCUGGAGCAAAGCCAAGCCCGGGAGAAAGCUGCCCGGCUCAUCCAGCUGGCGUUGAUCAUGUUCCCAAGCGUUCUUAUGCCGUUGUUGGAUCACUGCAGUGUGCAGCCCGACGCCAGGGUCGCGUCCCAUUCCUAUUUUGGGCUGAAUGCUCAGAUAAGUCAGCCUCCUGCCUUGAACCAGCUGACGUCCCUCUACGUGGGAAGGACUCACUCCCUGUGGAAGGACCCAGCCGUCAUGGCGUGGCUGGAGCCCAACGUCCACGAGGUCUUGCGCAUGGUGGACGCCCGGGACCCGCUGGUGGAGGAGUCUGAGCACAAGAGAAAAACGCUGUACCAGAGCGCACCCAGGAAUAUCUACCGGCACAUCAUCCUCUCGGAGGUGAAGGAGGCCAUGGCAGCUCUACCUCUGGAGGUGACCUCGCAGCCCGUGAUGGGGUACGACCCCUUGCCUCCUCUGGACUCCAUCGUUUCCUACACCAGACCAGAAAGAACGAAUCACCCAUCCAACGAAAGCACUUUAUCUCUCUUCUUCCGAUCGCUGUUGCCAAAUUUUAACUUGCAGGGGGACAUCAGGCACGAGAGGGAUGAAGAGGCUGGAGCAGGGCAGGACCUUAACCAGGGGGUGAACAGGCUCAUGGCAGCCAUGCGUGACAUGCUGGCCAACAUCCAGUUUCAGGAGCCCCCCCGAGAUGACAAUCCUGAAGGCGACGGAGAGUGGGACUGAGCUGAGAGUGCGCGUCUUUCCCCCCUCCCAACCCCUGCAACCCUCUGUGAUCAGCCCUUUUCUUUCGCUCUCCAAUAAAGUCAUACAAAAACCAA